AUGGAUUCCGUCCUCCAGUAUGUGCAUAACAUCGAUAUUUACACAUGGUUAGCGUUAACCUUUGGUUUUUUAGUGCUCGUCUAUUGGCAAGGUUUGCUCCGAUACAACUCGAUUCUUGGCGGUUCUCCAAUCCCGGGUCCAAAACCGUGGCCCUGGAUCGGUAAUCUCCUCGAUAUUUUCAAAUAUGGCGGCAUUCACAAGAUGUUCCUUAACUAUUUCUACAAGUACGGACGAGUAUACAAGUCGUGCUUUGGUCGCUCACCGAUUAUUGUCGUCACCGAUCCCGAAAUUGUCAAGCAAAUUUUGGUCAAGGAUUUCCACAAGUUCCCAAAUCGACCUGCUUUCAUCAAACCCAGACCACCUCUGAACUCGGGAUUGUUCAUCGCUGAAGGAGAGACGUGGAAGCGUAUAAGAACGACUCUAACUCCCACCUUUACCGCCAACAAACUGAAGCAGAUCGUGCCGAUAAUAGAAAAUGCCUCGGAGAAGCUUCAUGCCAAAAUGGAAAAGUUCUCCGAAACGGGUAAGCAACCGUGAAACCUUAAACUUUAUUCAUUCUUUGUAUCAAUUACGUAACUAGGAAUAUUCGUGGCUUAAUAUUUGGUAUUCAAAAAAUAUGUUUUAUUUUCGCAAGAUAAAAUUGUGUGCUGUCCAAAAUUUGUUACCAUCGCUAAAUUUAUCGGAAACAUUUUGCUCGUUACGCCGGAUUUAAAGUUACAUUUGUUGUUUUUAAAUCAAUUCUAGCACAUCCUACAAGGUUUUAUUUAUCUAAGAAGAGCUAUCAAAAAGCUAAAAUUGCAACAAUACACGAUAAAAUUAGAGAAAUAAUCUUUCAAUCAAGGGUCGGCUUUAUUAACGUCGGUAUAAAACACAAUUCAAUAUGUCAGGCUGCAAUUCCCUACUAAGCCUUUUUGUGAAAAAAUCUGCAUUUUGCAGUUGUCUUUUUCAAGCAUCUUUUGUUUAGACGGAUUACAAUAACAGUUGUCCUAGCGAACAAAUACUGAAUAAUUUACCCAGCAUGUCACGCCUUUUUGUGAAAAAAUUUGCAUUUCGCAGUUGUCUUUUUCAAGCAUCUUUUGUUUAGACGGAUUACAGUAACAGUUGUCCAAGCGAACAGAUACUGAAUAAUUUACCCGGCGUGUCACGCUUCUGUAAUGUUUCUUACGGCAACUGCCUGUUGCAUCUUAAUAUCCACCUGUAGGUUCUUCGCCGCCUUUUUCUCCGCUUCGUGAUUGACAUUAAGCACUAAGAUUUCAAUGACGUGUUGUUUUACCAAAAUAUCACCAGUUUUGAUUCACUCUGACAAAAAUUGGGAAUUAAUUUUGCGAAUGUCACGCAACUUUUUUUAUAAAAGUACAGUGAACAUGCUUUUACAUCUAAUGUACACUCUUUUUUUUAGUUAGAAACUUUUUUUUAAGGACGUUCAGGCUGAGAUUAAACGAAACUUUAAGAACAUACUUAGGCUGAAUGUCAAUAAAGAAGGCCGUUAUAUUCAACCUAGGCCCCAAACUAAGACAUGUAAAUCCCUACUUACUCGAGUAUUCUUAACCCAGAAUUUCGAAUAUGCACGAACUCAGUCUCACCAGUAACUCUAGUGAAAAUUCAACCCCAUUAUAGUCAAUCCAGCGGUGAAAAUGCGACUCAAUCAAGCGGCACAUCUCAAUUAACCUAGUGCCUGUCCUAUCGCUAGGAAGUAGACCCCCCCCCCCCCCGCGGCAGGGGAAUCGGUUGGAACGUACCCGUAAUAUUGGUUACAACUCGUCCAUCACAUACAUUUAGUCUCCCCCAGUGGCAAAGGCUGGAGGGUUUUUGUGGGAAAUAGCAUAGUUUUCAGUGGGAGGGGAAGGGGGAAGGGGGAGGGGAGAUUAGUCGUCGCCAACAUAGUAUAAAGGGGGUAUUAUAUAAAUCCCCCAACCCCUAUUUCUUCCCUCCCCCCCACCGAUAAUCAGUGACCGGUAACUUAUUUCCAUUUUUGUUUUUCGCUAGGUGAGUCAGUAGAUGUCAACCGUCUCUUCAGUCUUUUCGCUUUAGAAGUGAUCAUGAAAGCAGCAUUUGGCUUUGACACCGACGUACAAAUGAAACCAGACCCAGAAUUUGUGGAAAAAGCUAGAAACGUCUUUAAAACACCCCUCUACUUUCGAGUGUUCUCCGUGCUUCCAUUCUGGACCUACCUCAGCCGCUUCUUCAGCAUCCUACAGAACGCAGAUUAUUUCGUCGCCUUGGCAAAAAGCAUGCUCGAUCAACGAAGCCAGCAGGGUUCAACGGGAGUUAGAGACUUGGUACAGCUUAUGCUGGAAGCCCAUGAGACCACAGUCGAUGGAGUCAGCAAGUUGAGUGAUAAUGAAAUCGUGGCUCAAUCCAUUACGUUCUUGUUGGCCGGCUUUGAGACUACAGGGAACACCUUGACAAACGCGGCAUACCUCCUAGCAGCCAAUCAGAAGGUUCAGAACAAGCUCAUUGAAGAGAUCGACGAAGCUGAAGAAGCCCGUGGAAGCACUCCCCUUUAUGAUCAUGUGCAAAAACUCGGGUACUUGGAUCAAGUCAUCUCUGAGGUUCUUCGCCUUUGUACCCCAGCUUUUAACCUAAUCCGUCGCUGUGACGAAGACGCGGAGUACAAAGGUAUCCGCAUCCCCAAGGGAGUUGAAGUCAACGUUCCCUCGUACGUGCUGCAUCGGGACCCGGAGGUAUGGGAGAGUCCCCUGGAGUUCAACCCGGAGAAUUUCUCCCCUGAAGCAAAGGAGAAGCGAAACCCGUAUUCCUUCCUCCCGUUUGGAACAGGUCCACGCCAAUGUAUAGGAAUGCGUCUUGCUCUAUUGGAGAUCAAACUCGCUUUGCUAAAAAUCCUGCAACGAUUCAAGUUUGAACGCGCCCCAGAAACCGUGGCCACCCUAGAACACCGAGCUGUGAUUCUCAUGGUACCCAAAGAUAUGAUAUAUCUCAAGAUAAAGGCACGUUAAGUUUUUACAUAAAAGGAACGUUUUUCACUAACUAUAUCUGCUGGUAAAUGUGUUGCAUUAUUAUCUUACAGACAUCAAGCUUCUUUGAGGAUCCAUACUCAGAUAUACACCUUAUUCUAUGGUUUAACAUGUGAUAAGCUCGAAUAUUUUGCGAGUCACUCGGUAUUAUUCCGUGCCCUAUAUUUACUUCGGGGUCGUCCGAUUUUAAUUUGUUAAUCACUCAUACGAUUAUAGACCGAAUGGGACUCCAAUCGGUCCCAUUACCAUUGUGGUGUAAUGAUGAUGUUCAGUAUUCAUGUACAAAGGCAAGAAAUGGUCCGUCAAAAGGGAUCAGCUCUGGUUUUUAAACAUGAAACAUGUAAUAAAGUUUAACAUUUAUAAGCUUACUGGCCCAUUAAUGCAACAGCUCACUCCGAUUUCAAUUAAGGCGACGAGGAGAAUUAUUAUUAGGGACCUUAA